AACACAGGAAGACAAAGCAAGAACGGUAUUAGGAGGGGUAAAUGUUCUUGACAAAUAUAUAGAACAUCUCAAAGAACGAUCAUAUGCAUUCGAAUCAAAGCACAAGCCGGAACCGGGCAAUCUUUCCACUUAUCUCACUGACAUCCAAGAAAUGGAGACACUAUUUCCAAAAGGCACUCUGGAGGAGGACAAAAACCCUGACACAAUAUGUUCCGAAACUAAAUGCAGAUGUCUAGCUAACAUAUACAUGAAGCUGAUGAAAUUAAAUCUACAAUUAAAACAUUUGUGGAACGACGGAUUAAAACUACUUAUAGAGUGA